AUGGCAGCUCGCACGACGGUCAGAAUCAUCUUUGACAUCUCGGAGGAGACACUACAGUGCUGCUUCAUCCCCUAUCUUUCCGAUGCAUUUGGUCGUAAAGGCAUCUCUUUGCUCGCAGAUAUACACGAUGAAGUCAACGAGUGCAUUGCUUUUGUGUUGAUUUUUUCGGAGAAGUACGUGUCCUCCAAGGAAUAUUUCGAUAAAGUCUUAAAGACUAUCCACCAGAGACAUGACAAAGACCAUUUGGUGACAGCUAUCUUUUACGGAGUCAGUAGAUCAAAUGUGCAAGAACUUAAGGGAAAUUUCGGCAAGGCCUUCUUUGAGCAUCGGACUUCAGAUCAAGCAAGUCAAUGGCGCAACGCUCUUGCACAUAUCGCAAGCUUCCCUGGCCACGAAGCAAGCAAUAAUCAAAGUGACUGCGACUUUGUGGAAAAGAUUUCUAGAGAUGUUUAUGAGAUGAUUUUUCCGAAAGAAAGAAUCGGAGUCUAUUCAAGGAUGCUUCCGGCUAUAGUAAACGUGCUAUGCAAGCAACAAUGGAGAGUCAGGAGCAUAGGGCUUUGGGGUAUGCCAGGCAUAGGCAAGACGACGCUUGCUGAGGCACUCUUUGACCAAAUGUCUGGUGACUAUGAAGCAACUUGCUUACUCCAAAACUUUCAUGAAACCUUUCAAAAGAAGGGACUUCACCGUUUGCUGCAGGAACAUUUUGAAAACCUUUCAAAUCAAAAAGUUCAACCAAGAGUUCUUGUUGUUCUUGAUGAUGUGAGAAAUCAUCUAGAUGCAGAGUCUUUUCUCAGUGGGCUUGGUUCGUUAAGUCAUGGAAGCUUGAUCAUCGUAACCUCCAGAGAUGAGCAAGUUCUUUCCCAGUGUGGAGUCAAUCAAACUUACAAAGUUGAAGGAUUAAACAAGCGUGAGGCUCUGCAACUAUUCUCAUGGUGUGCCUUUGAAAGAGAUGUGACAGAGAAUAAUCUUCAUAGGGAGCUUUCUUCCAAGGUGUUUGCAUACGCUAAUGGAAACCCUUUAUCUCUUAGACUAUACGGCGAAGAGAUGUCAUCACAGGAGGGUCUGAAUCAAAAGGAGUCUUUGUUCCUCAGGCUCGAGCAAGAUCCUCCACAUCAGAUUAUGGAAGUAGUCAAGAGUAGCUACUAUGCACUUAGUGACAACGAGAAGAACAUACUUGUAUAUAUUGCUUUAUUUUUCAUAGGAGAAGAUCUUGAACGUGUCUCGGAAAGACUUCAUGACCUUGGUUGCUUUCCAGAGAUUGGAAUCUGCCGGCUUGUGGAGAACUCUCUCCUGACUAUUUCAGAAAACAGAGUAGAAAUGCAUAGCAUGAUUCAGGCUGUAGUCUGUAAUAUCGGGAGGUAUCCUCAACCCGAAACCGAUGAAGACCCCAAAACAAGUUUCAAAAGUUUCAAACGUGUACUGGGCACUAAAGACAUCGAAGCCAUAUCUCUGGAUGCAUCUGACUUAGACUCACAUCUCAAACUUUCUUCAAUCGUAUCUAUGUAUAACCUCAGAUUCCUAAAGAUUUACUAUUCGAAUCUUGAAAACCGACAUAAGGCCCUCAAGUCUUUGCCUUCUCGGCUUAGAAUUCUCCAGUGGGAGCAUUACCCUUUGCAAUCCUUACCACAAGAUUUUGAUCCAAGCAACCUUGUUGAACUCAGUAUGCCUUACAGUCAGCUCCAAAGACUAUGGGGAGGAACCAAAAAUCUCAAGAUGUUGAAGAGGAUCAACCUUAGCCAUUCUCAGAACCUGCUUGAAGUCGAGGAGCUUUCAGAAGCUCGAAACCUCGAGCAAAUCAAUCUCUGCGGCUGUAAGAACUUGCAGAAUUUCCCAGCCAUUCAUCAUAUGCAGAAACUCCAAUUUGUUGACCUCUCUGGUGGCACAAGGAUAAAAAAUAUCCUACAGUUUCCAUCUAAUGUCGAAUUGAAAUUCCAUGGAUCAUCCAUUAAGACCAUCCUCCCUCCAGUUACAUUCGAUAACAAGAGCUUACACGAGCACUUAGAAGACCAGUUAAAAUCCCAUUUCUCAGACUACAUAAAAGGUAGAAGCUUCCCAAUUAGCCAAAAAAGGAUAACAAAUCCAGACAUGGGGGAAUCACCACCUACAUUCAAAAAUAUGAUGUGUCAAAAAGCAAUCGAGAUGAGCCGAAGUCUUCAGUUGACGUUCACAAAUCUAGGAAUAUGGUUUGUACAAGAUCCUUAA